AUAAAAAUUAAAAUAAAUAAAUAGGUUCACAUAUAAAAUCUCAUAGACAAAUAGCAUUAACGUCACUAAAAUGUCAUUAGAUUCUCGAUCCAACAUUUUUACAAAAUCAAAUCUGGUCUAUACACCAUUGUCAAUAACAAUCGCUCAUAUAUUAAAUUUCAUCAUUAAUUCACCUUUAUCGACAUGGAAAGAAUUUCCACCAAAAUUACCUAAUUCAGUUUAUUCUUCAGUAUUUUUUACCCCAUUAUUAUUAUUUAUAUCACUUACAUUCGAACCAAUUCAAACAAGGAAACGUUUUUACACAUUAUUAUCUUUAGCACUUUUGAUUAUUUCAAUUCCAAUAAUUAAUCGUAAAAAAGAUUAUCCUCCUUCACUUCAAAGUAAUUUUGUAACUAUUAAUAUGCUUUUAUCAUUAAAAAUGGCAUUAUUUUUAAAAAUUAAUAGAACAUUUUUAGAUCAAAAAAAUUUGGAUCAAAAGAAAGAAUUUAAAUCAUUCAUUUCAACAUUAUUUAAUUGGCGUCCUGAUUCUUAUAUAAUUCCUCCAGUAUCAAAAAAUUCAAAUGAAAAAGAAAAUCCUUCAAUUAUUAAAUCACCCACAACUUCACAAAUUAACAAAAUAUUAAUUAAUCGUUCAAUAAUUAUCAUUGCAAAAUACUUAUUUCUUGAACUUGGUGUUUUUACACUUUUAAUUUUAACCAAUUAUAAAGUAGAAAUUCCAGAAAAAGCUUAUCAAAUUCGUUUAAUAGAAUUUUUUACUAAUGGAAUUCUUCCUUUUACAAUUUCUUCAAUGGGAUUAUAUUUGAAUUUCAAAGGAGUAAUAUAUUUAUGGCUUUCAUUAAAUUAUGAUGUUAUUACUUUCAUUGUUGCGAUCAUCUAUCGUUUCAUCUUUUGCAAAUCUAUUUUAAUUCAAUCUGGUAUCCUUACUCCUUCUGAGUAUGCUUCUUUAGAAGAAUGGAUUAUUACAUUCUUAUUUAAUACUAAACAUUUAUUUAAUGCACCACUUAUUUCAUCAAGUCCUCGUGAAUUUUGGUCUAUUCGUUGGCAUUUAUUACUUAAUGAAAGUUUAAAAGAAUUAGGUUAUUUACCUAUUAAUAAUUUAUUUUCUACAAUAUUUUCAAAGAAAAUUGCAAAUAUUAUGGGUGUAUUAGGUUCUUUUGGUAUUAGUGGUUUAAUACAUGAAUAUUAUUUAAUUACAAAUUUUAAUAUUUGGACAGAACAUAAAAGGAAUCCCGAUCAUGAAAAUAUUAGGAAAAGCCAUCGUAAAAACAAUAAAAAUAGAAAAACAAACCAAGAAUCACACAAAAAAGAUCGACAUAAAAAAGAAAAAGCGUUAAAAACUGAAAACAUACCUAUUGUUCCAAGAAAUCCCAUCUUAUGUUAUCCUAAAAAGAAUAAUAAAUAUAUAACUGAUAAAGCUAAGUUUACCAUGAGUGCACACGGAACAUGUAAAGAGUGUAAUCAAGAAAAUACUUGUGGAGGAUUUGGUAUAGUAUUUAGUGCAAAUUGGACUGAUGGAUAUAUAAGUAAAUGGAAUAAAAAGGGACAAAUUUGGAAAAGAAAAGGUCAACAAAUGAAUGUAGCUCUAAAGAGUUUGAAAAAUUCAGAAAAUGUUACACAAGAAUUCAUUAAAGAGAUUACACUACACCAUAAAAUUGAGGAUGUAGAUUCCUUUAUCGUUAGGUUUUAUGGAGUAACGCAAGAUCCUAAGACAAAAAAUUAUAUGAUGAUUUUGGAUUAUGCAGAUCAUGGAAGUUUAAGAAAACAUUUAAAUACGAAUUAUAAUAAAUUAAACUGGGAUGAUAAGUUACGUGACUUAUGGCGUAUUGCAGUUGGGAUUGAGAAAAUUCAUGAGAAAGGGUUAAUUCAUCGAGAUUUACAUACCGGAAAUAUAUUAAGUUUUUCUUAUAAAUGAUGCUUGUAUAACGGAUAUGGGAUUAUGUAAGCCUGC